AUGCCUACUCGCCUUUUUGGCAUCAAAGAUUCUCCAGCCAAUGCAUGCUACCCAAAAAUGAUUGGAGGCUUUCUCGACCUUGGACCCAACCAUUGCCUCGACGAUUGUGAACGGGUUGACGAAAAAGAGUUCCCAGCAGCCACGGUAGUUCGUCGUGUCUUGGAAAUAGCGACGAAAAAACGCGAAGGGCAACUUGAUCGUUGGUUCUGCAAUCACAAGAUUGGUCGCCACAAGGCAAAGCCAUCGUCGCUCAAGCUCAAGCUCAGCCAGGGGCGUUUACCAUGGGCUAUACAUGUAUACUCUCGCAAAUAUUAUAACAAGAGAGUUAUGCCCCACACCAUUGUCGAGGCGAAGAAACGCGGGCUCCCACCGAAUGACUUGCGACUGAUCCAGGAAAUGACAGCCCGGAUUUGGAAGAAGGAGACAGACGAGAUAAAAGAGGAGAUCGCUGAAGAUGUCGAGAAGGAGAAAGAAUCAGUUGUAGCCUGGAGGAAUGAUACCUUGGAUGCACCAAAAUUAAUGGAUGAAGAAAAAACAGCAAUCAUCAACUCUCUUCCAUCUGAGUUUAAGAGCAUAUUCGAGCAGUUGCAUAAGUGGAUUGGUUGGGGCGUUGUGAUCAUUGCAGGAGGAGAAGACCCUCGAACAGGAAAAGUUAGGACUACCGGAUAUAAUUUCGGAUGUGAAUUGCCUGAUGGAAAGGAUUUCAUGAAGUAUUUCAAUGAAGCAGCCGCAUCUGGAUACAUUCCUGGGACCACACCAGGCGAGCGGCAGAAUUUUGCUGAAUAUUAUGGUGUACCGUUCAUGUAUCAUAUGAAGAAUGUCGUCCGGAAUAAGGCUAGUACGGUUACUCAGGAAGAGAUAACCGCCAUGAUCGACAGUCUAGACCCGGAAAGCGAUGCCGAGAUGGCUGGUGUUUCUACUCCAAUCCUCUCAUCAUCGGCUAAUACCGUCUCAUCUCAGUCGGAUAUUGCGGAUAACAUGGAUACCACUCCUGAUCCCGAACCUGCUCCCAUCUCCCCAUCCUUGACAUCGCCAUCAGUUUCAGCUCCCGUAACCCAGGAACACAAUUCCUUACAGUCAGUAUUGGCACUAUCGACAGCUCUCCCUGCUGCUCAACAUGUAUCUUCGCUGGAUUCUUCGACUCCUUUUCCACAAACGAGUUUCAAUGUCAGCACAAACAUCUCUGGAGGUGCUGACGAGCCUCCAUCAUUUUCUGGAGGGAUGAUGUACGAUGACGCGUCUUACCAGAAUAUAUUUUCAUGGUCGAAUCCUGUUCCAACUGGCUCCGCAGAUGAUGUUGUUAUGGCUGAACCUGAUCUCUCGUCAGCGAUUUCUGGUCUUCCCGGCCUCUACGGCAUAUCCAUAGAUCUGCCUCCAUCGGAUUCAAGUUUCAGUGCCACAUUCGAUAUGAAGUCAUGGCUGGAAGCAUUGUUACCUGAGCAGAACCCCAGCCUCAGAAAGCAUUUCUUGGGACGUUUCUAA